UUAAAGGAGAGAGACUGAGAGAGAGAGAGGACGAGAAGCAGUGCAGCAGCAGCAGCACUAGCAGAAGCUCUCUUUAGUGAAAAAAAGCAAAAGCGAGAAGAAAGAAAAAAAUACCGAAGCUCGAAAAGAGCCUAAAAAGGGGAAUUUCGGCGAUGGAUCGUCGACAAAUGCUCUGCUAACUCCGAUCACUCUCCUCUUGAAAGCUUCCACGAUGUAUAAUUCGUUUUGAAAUGCUCGAUUCGUGACUAUAAUUGACGAAUCCGGAGCUUUCUCUGUGUACCGAAGUUGGAGAUCUGGGGUAAAUGGUGUCUUGAGACAUACUGUUUCUGUGCUGAGGGUGAGCUUACUUAGGGUUUGUGCUGAUACCUGUCGUACAGUUUUUUCCGUUUUUUUUGGUCUUGAAGGGGCUGAGAUCUGGAGGGCUUGUGGGUUUCUUCUGGUUUUGGUUGGUUUACACUGGAAUGCGUGUUUUUGGUUUUGUUUAUUCGUCUACGUCGUGGUGAAGGAAGGUUGUAAGUGGGCGGCGAAUAUUUGAAACCCUAGGGGGGGUCUUAGUAGCUGAGAAGAGCAGAGUAUUUUGGAGUUGAAGGGUGAUUAGUUUUUGUUUUGGUUUGGGAGCUUAGUCUCUAGGUUUGAGUUGAAAUGUGAAGAUUCUUGCGGUUAAAGCCAUUGCAUGAAGUUGUGGAUUGGAGAUUGGAAGCCUAGGGUUUGGUCGGAGAAGAUCUAGAACGAAUGAGGCUGAAAAGGAUUAUAUUUUGUAGCGGACCCGGUUUUGGAUGAAGGUUGGGGGGGGGUGGGGUUGCUACUGGUUUACUCCAAUCUGCGUAUGACGAUUUUGGGAUUGGUGUUUGGUUCCUCGGUUAAUUUCUGGCGGGCAAGUGGAGCUGAGACACUAAGCACCUAUUGGAAUUUUGUACGGUUUUUUGGUUCAGCGAGGGGUGAAGUAGAGUUAUGGUGGUUUCCGGCGAGAAGGGAGUAAAGGUAGUUGUUGUUCUCGGCGAGAAGGAAGCGGAGGUAGCGGGUUUUCGCUGGACGCAGUGUUUCUUUAAGAAGGUUUUGCUUAUUUAUUGAGGCUAACAGCCUUUUGGGAUCCUGUGUUUGUUGGUGGGUAAACUAUCUUUGAGCGAAAGUCUCCAUAGUAUUCACAAAAAUGAGACUGUCUUCGUCUGGUUUCAUUCAUCAGGCGCAGGAAGGGGAAAAGAGAGUUCUGAAUUCUGAGCUGUGGCAUGCAUGCGCGGGCCCUCUUGUUUCUUUGCCUGCUGUUGGGAGCCGCGUGGUCUACUUUCCACAGGGUCACAGUGAGCAGGUGGCUGCAUCAACCAACAAGGAGGUUGAUGCCCAUAUCCCUAAUUACCCAAGCUUACCACCACAGCUGAUCUGUCAGCUUCACAAUGUUACCAUGCAUGCAGAUGUAGAGACUGAUGAAGUGUAUGCCCAGAUGACCUUACAACCACUGAGUCCGGAAGAGCAAAAAGAACCUUACCUGCCUACAGAAUUGGGUACACCAAGCAAACAACCAACAAACUAUUUUUGUAAAACUUUGACCGCGAGUGACACUAGUACUCAUGGUGGUUUUUCUGUGCCUCGCCGAGCAGCUGAAAAGGUCUUUCCCCCACUGGACUUCUCCCAGCAGCCUCCAGCUCAGGAGUUGAUUGCUAGGGAUCUUCAUGAUAACGAGUGGAAGUUCAGGCAUAUUUUUCGGGGCCAGCCUAAAAGGCAUCUCCUUACAACGGGUUGGAGUGUUUUUGUGAGUGCAAAAAGACUCGUUGCUGGUGAUUCAGUCCUUUUCAUCUGGAAUGAAAAGAACCAAUUGCUCCUGGGAAUCCGGCGUGCCAAUAGACCACAAACAGUGAUGCCUUCGUCAGUUUUAUCAAGUGACAGUAUGCACAUAGGGCUCCUUGCUGCAGCAGCUCAUGCAGCUGCAACAAACAGUCGGUUCACUAUAUUUUAUAAUCCAAGGGCUAGUCCAUCAGAAUUUGUCAUAACUCUAGCCAAGUAUGUGAAGGCAGUCUAUCACACCCGUGUUUCUGUUGGUAUGCGCUUUCGGAUGCUGUUUGAGACUGAAGAAUCAAGUGUCCGUCGGUAUAUGGGCACAAUAACUGGCAUUAGUGACUUGGAUCCUGUUCGAUGGCCAAAUUCACAUUGGCGCUCUGUGAAGGUUGGGUGGGAUGAGUCUACUGCAGGGGAGAGACAGCCAAGAGUGUCAUUGUGGGAGAUUGAACCUUUAACAACAUUCCCAAUGUAUCCAUCUCCAUUCCCUCUCAGACUCAAGAGACCAUGGCCUCCUGGACUACCCUCUUUACAUGGGAUGAAGGAUGAUGAUCUGGGCAUUAAUUCUCAACUGAUGUGUCUACGAGGGGAUGGUGGAGAUAGGGGAAUUCAAUCUCUAAAUUUCCAAGGAAUUGGGGUUACACCCUGGAUGCAGCCAAGACUGGAUGCUUCUAUGCUAGGUCUUCAAACUGAUAUGUACCAGGCAAUGGCUGCUGCUGCACUUCAGGAAAUGAGGACUGUGGAUCCUUCAAAACAGGCAUCUCCAUCCCUUCUACAGUUCCAGCAACCUCAGAUUGUGACCAAUAGGUCUGCCUCUCUAAUACCAAGGCAGAUGUUGCAGCACUCACAACCCCAGCUUCCCUUUUUACAAAAUGUUCAAGAGAACCAGCCCCAGCCUCCAGUUCAUCUUCUUCAGCAACAAUUGCAACAUCGCCUCCCAUUUAAUGAUCAACAGCAACCACAACAGCAGCAUCAGCAGCAACAACAGCAACAUCAACACCAUCAGCAGCAGCAACAGCAACAUCAACAUCAUCAGCAGCAACAACAGCAACAUCAACAUCAUCAGCAGCAACAACAGCAACAUCAACAUCAUCAGCAGCAACAACAGCAACAUCAGCAUCAUCAGCAGCAACAACAGCAACAUCAACAUCAUCAUCAGCAACAACAAUUAUCUGAUCAACAACAGAUUCCAAAUGUUGUCACUGCCCUGUCAAACCUUGUGUCUGUUUCCCAGUCUCAGUCUCAGCCUCCAUCUCUACAGGCUAUAUCAUCAUUGUGUGAGCAACCAAGUUUUGCAGACUCCAAUGGGAACCCUGUAACCACAUCCAGUGUUUCUCCCCUUCAUAGUCUUUUGGGCUCAUUCCCCCAGGAUGAGACAUCUCAACUUCUUAAUUUGCCAAGGACCACCUCCCUAAUACCUUCUACCACCUGGUUGCCCAAGCGAGCUGCAGUUGAACCUCUUCUGCCUUCUGGAGCAACUCAGUGUGUUCUUCCCCAGGUGGAGCAGAUGCCCCAACCACAGACCAAUGUCUCUCAAAAUUCCAUCUCUUUGCCACCGUUUCCUGGUAGAGAAUGCUCGGUAGACCAAGAAGGUAGCUCAGAUCCCCAAAGCCAUCUUCUUUUUGGGGUUAAUAUAGAUUCUUCCUCUCUUCUAAUGCAGAAUGGGAUGUCAGGCCUCGGAGGUGUUGGCAGUGAUAGUGAUUCAACAACCAUGCCUUUUGCUGCUUCCAAUUUUAUUAGUUCCACGGGAACUGAUUUCCCACUUAAUCCGGCUGUCACAACUUCAAGUUGCUUAGAUGAGUCAGGUUUUCUGCAGUCCCCAGAGAAUGUGGGCCAAGUUAACCCACCAACCAGAACCUUUGUGAAGGUUCACAAAUCGGGGUCCUUCGGGAGGUCACUGGAUAUCACUAGGUUCAGCAGCUAUCAUGAGCUGCGCAGUGAGCUCGCUCGUUUAUUUGGCCUUGAAGGCCAAUUGGAGGACCCUCUGAGAUCAGGCUGGCAGCUUGUAUUCGUCGACCGGGAGAACGAUGUUCUUCUUCUUGGCGAUGACCCCUGGCAGGAGUUUGUAAACAAUGUGUGGUGUAUCAAGAUACUCUCGCCUCAGGAAGUGCAGCAGAUGGGAAAACAAGGUAUUGAGCUUCUGAAUUCUGUCCCAAUCCAGAGGCUCUCCAGCAACAGCUGUGAUGACUACGUGAGCCGACAGGACUCGAGAAAUCUGAGUUCUGGGAUCACGUCUGUGGGGUUACUUGACUACUAAAAAGAACACUCACAAAGAUUGGGGGGAAAAGAAGAAAGAGAAGGGACCGUGAUGGUAUUUUGUGUUUACAUCCAACCAUUCUUUCUUCUGUACUCUUAGUUCACCUCCAUUCCCUCUCUGUGGGUGGACAAGAACUCCGAGUAAGUUCACUUAAGAAGCUUAUAUAUAAGGUGCUUACUGUAAUUAUAAUACUCACUUCUCCAAAUAUAACAUUGAAAUACAUUCAACAAGUAUUUGGUAGGAGUUCUAAUGUUUUAUGAACUCAUCUUUAUAUUAUCUUGCAAUGCUUAAUGGUGGUCUAAUUCCCACGAA